AUGAAAUUGAUCAACCGGUCUAUACUGUCUGUAAGAAUAAUUUUAUGUGCAGAGUUAAUUGGAGCUGAGGAUGUGGAUUGGGAUAAAAUAUUGCCUGCAGAAACGAUUGAUGAAGAACGUGAACAGAAAUGCAAUUGCCAUCUGUCGCACUGGAACCAAAGGGUAGAUUUCAAGUUAGCAAAAGAAGAUGGAAUAAUUGGAAUACUUCACAAAGCAACCCAAGGGGUAAAAUAUAUAGAUCCAAUUUACGCAGAAAGAAGAAAAGCCGCUGAAGAAGAGAAUUUGAUGUGGGGUGCGUAUCAUUUUGGAAUAGGAGAAGACGGCAAAGACCAAGCUGAAUAUUUUCUGAGAACAGUCGGAAAUGUUUCUCAAGUAACGCUAGUCCUUGAUAUUGAAGAGAACCGAAAUGGGAAAAAUAUAACGCCGAAACAAGCGGAAGAGUUUGUUAAUCGAGUUCAUGAAGCAACUGGGCGUUUUCCACUGAUCUAUGGAAGUCCUUAUUUUCUCAAGGACUUUGCUACACCGAUUUUAACAAAUUGUCUAUUGUGGGUGGUAAAAUGGGAUGUAAGACCAAUGUUACCAAGAGGAUGGAAAAAAUGGGUUCUAUGGCAAUACACUAAUGGUCAAUUGGGACCUGAACCACAUUCUGUGAAGGGGAUUGGCCCAUGUGAUCGAAGUAAAUUCAACGGAACACUAGAAGAGUUAAAGGAUUUUUGGGCAUCAAAAUGUUACUGAAAUCAUUCAAACAAUUAUUCCACAAACCACCAAAAUCAUAAAGUUUAGUAUGGGAUAUCUUUAAUAUUUUGGAUCAAAAUGUAAAAUAAAAACCUGAAGAUCUAAGCAGGCAAUUUGAAGUUACCAAAGGGCUGAGACAAGGGUGUGCAUCACCAACAUUAUUAUCUGCAGAUAUACGAAGUCUGACUGAUUUUGCUUGGGGAAAUGUGUCUCAUAACUCUACAAUGAUUCUUUAUAGUAGAAAUCGAUCUUGAAUCUUGAAUGAUUCUUUAUGAUGUCUGUGAUUGUAAGCACAUAUCUCGCGCGAAUUAUCUUAUCUGAUUAUAUAUACUUGAUAAAUUGUAUUAAUUGUA